AUGGCGCCCCGCACCAUCAUCCCUAUCGACAAGAACUGGGAGUUCAAGCAGGCAGACAAGGAGGACAGCAAGUAUCUUCCCGUCGGCCAAUUCCCAACGAACGUUCACCUCGAUCUGCUACAUCACGGUCUUAUUCCCGACCCCUUCAUCGGCAAGAAUGAGCUCGAUGUGCAGUGGAUCGGCGAGGCCCAAUGGGUAUACAGGACAACCUUCACGGCGCCGUCCGUGACCAGCGGUGCCAAAGCCAUUCUCGCCUUCGAUGGCCUAGACACGUUUGCCACGGUGCUGCUGAAUGGAAAGACAAUCCUCGAGACGGAUAACAUGUUCACGCCUGAGCGGGCAGACGUCACAUCGGUUGUGAAGGAGGGUGACAAUGAGCUAGUCAUCACCUUCGACAGUGCAUAUCUAAGAGGCUGGAAGCUGGUCGAGAAGUUCCCAGACCACAAGUGGGGUUGCUGGAAUGGUGACAGUUCACGACUAGCUGUCAGGAAAGCACAAUAUCACUGGGGUUGGGAUUGGGGCCCGACUUUGAUGACCUGCGGGCCGUGGCGACCCGUCAAUCUCGAGAUCUACGAUAGCAGAUUAUCAGAUCUAUACUUUGACUCAACGGUGGAGAAAUCCUUGGAAUCAGCAACAGUGGUAGUGCACGCCGCGGUAGAAGGUGAGGCUGAGAAGGUCCGGCUGGAUGUCACUUUGAACGACCAAUCGGUCUCUUCUGAAACGGUAGAGGCCAAGUCAGGGGCUGUAUCAGCGACAUUUCACAUCAGCAACCCUUCCUUGUGGUAUCCCAUCCGAUACGGCAAGCAGCCGCUCUAUACCGUCAAAGCGACACUCUUGAGCGGAACUGAAGAGAUCGACACCAUUACCAAGAAGAUCGGCCUGCGGAGAGCAGAGCUGGUACAAGAUCCCCUGAAAGAUCAGCCCGGCUCAUCGUUCUUCUUCAGAAUCAACAACAUUCCCAUCUACUGUGGAGGUAGUGACUGGAUUCCUGCGGAUAACUUCAUUCCUCGCAUCAGCCGCGAGCGUUACUACGACUGGGUGAAGUUGGUGGCAGAUGGCAACCAGUUCAUGAUAAGAGUAUGGGGUGGCGGCAUAUACGAGGAGCAGGCCUUUUACGAUGCUUGUGACGAGCUUGGAAUCCUUGUCUGGCAAGACUUCAUGUUCGGCUGCGGCAAUUACCCUGCAUGGCCAGAACUCCUCAAGUCCAUCGAGCGAGAAGCGACGGAGAAUGUCAAGCUUCUUCGACACCACCCUUCUAUUGUGAUAUGGGCAGGAAACAACGAGGACUACCAGUACCAGGAGAGCGAGGGUCUGACCUAUGACUUUGAGAACAAGGACGCUGAGUCCUGGUUGAAGACAGACUUCCCUGCGAGAUACAUAUACGAGAAGGUCUUGGACGAUGUCUGCAAGGAGCUAAUCCCUGGAACUUACUACCACUUCGGCAGCCCCUGGGGCAAAGGAGUUGACACGCGGGAUCCAACGGUGGGCGACAUCCACCAGUGGAACGUAUGGCACGGUACUCAGGAGAAAUAUCAAAACUUUGACAAGCUAGUCGGCCGCUUCGUAUCAGAGUUCGGCAUGGAAGCGUUCCCCUCCGUCAAGACGAUCGACGCUUUCCUGCCCCUGGGCAAGGACGACCCAGACCGGUACCCGCAGAGCUCGACGAUGGACUUCCACAACAAGGCGGACGGGCACGAGCGGCGGAUUGCACUCUACCUGGUGGAGAACAUGCGGUACGCGCCAGACCCGCUAGAGCAGUUCGUGUAUAGCACGCAGCUGAUGCAAGCCGAGGCGCUGGCGAGCGCGUACCGGCUGUGGAAGCGGCAGUGGAAGGGCCCCGGGCGCGAGUACUGCGGCGGCACGCUGGUCUGGCAGAUCAACGACUGCUGGCCGGUCACCUCGUGGAGCAUCUGCGACUACUACCUGCGUCCCAAGCACGCCUACUUCACCGUCAAGCGCGAGAUGGCGCCUCUCAGCAUCGGCAUGACCAGGCGCGAGCACAGGCACCCCAAGGACAAGUACACGCGCGUCAACAUUGAGGUCAAGACGCAGAUUGAGGUCUGGGGCAGCAAUUUGACGCUGGAGGAUCUGACGGUUGACUGCGUGUUGAAGGCGUGGGAUGUCGAGACUGGCAAGGAGACGUUCUCGAAAACGGUAGCUGAGGGGCUACUACUCCCGGAGAACAGAUCGACUGAAGUCGUUGCGAUGGAUGUGCCUGUCGACAAAGCGGGAGAUGAAGCGAGAACCGUUGUGGCGACUUACUUCAUCCAGAACGGGAAGCAAAUUGCGCGAUACGUUAACUGGCCGGAGCCCCUUAAGUAUCUUCACCUGCAAAAGCCGAAGCAGUUGAAGGCGGAACUAUCGAGUGAUGGCAAGUUUGUGGAGGUCAGCGCAGAGUUUCCCGUGAAGGGCGUCGCAGUGGAAUGUGUGGAUGACAAGGUGAAGUUCGACGACAACCUGGUUGAUAUUGUGCCGGGAGAAGUCGUGAAAAUUGGUGUUACAGGGGCAAGCAGCUCUUCAGUUAUCACGACGAGGUACUUGGGAAUGCUCAACUGA